UACUCUUGGCAAUGGAUCGGCACUCGGCGCCGCAGUGUAAACGAAGCAAUCGGUAAAGCAACAUUCGCGAGCCGGCCUCCGCCGAGAUCGCUGAGAUGUGGAUCCGCAGCUUGCAAUGUUCUCUGGCGGUGUUUUUCGCAUGCGCGUUUCUCGCCGGCUCAGAUAGUGUAUCAACUGGUGCAUACGCCGGUGCAUACGCUGGAGCCAGUGCAUCUGCAUUAAGCAGCACCAGUGUGCUUGAAGACACAGAAAAUAUUCCUGGUGCUCACGAUAGACAUAAGGGAAUUCGUAGCUACGACAGCACCGGUUUUCCCCACGACAAUAAUGCUAACCGUGGUGUAAAAUCUUAUGGCACGCCUUCCGGACAAGGUGCCAGCUAUGAUCAUGGAAUAAAAGGCGGAGGUCACGGCUAUAAUAAGAACAAUGAUUGCUCUAAAUGCAAAUGGGAGAACGAUGAUUACUGGGAGCGGGAUGAGCCGGAAGAGGAGGGAGAUGAAAACGAUGGGGAUGAAUGCGAUGAUGGUCAAUACAGACCCCAUAAAGUGCAUCACCAAGGUCCUGGUACAGGACACAAACCAGGGUCGCAUCCACCUGGUGUACAUAAGACUGGUCCUACGGGCGUUUACGUUGAUGGGGGAGGCGGUAGCCCUGGCGGUCCUUUAGGCGGUAGCCCUGGCGGUUCUUUAGGCGGUAGUCCUGGCGGUCCUUUAGGCGGUAUCAACUAUCCGAGCACAGGAUAUUCAAGGCCAAUCAGUGAUUAUGAAAGUACUCCAAAACCUGGAUCCAGCUGGAAUACUCCAUUCGCUGAUGCGUCAAAACCCGGAUACGAUAGCGUAACCGCAGGCGCUUUUGGAACAACACCGAGCCCUUGGCCAGACUGGAACCGAGGGACAACACCUAGUAGUUUUGGCUCUUCGCCAAAACCCGCUUGGGACGGUAGACACGACGGCAGAUAUCCUUCUUCACAGAGACCUGGUGCACCUGUCCCAAACUUUGACGCAACGACAAAAUCCGGACAAGGAUGGCCCAUCAAUCAAUUCCCGAGCAGUUCUUCUUCCGCGAUACCAUAUGCAGGAAGUGGCAUAUCUUCUCCAAGUUACAGAAAUCCGCAGGAAAAUCAGAAUAGGCCUUACGGACAACCUGCAACACAAAGCACAUAUGCUGGCGCUUAUGCUGGAGCAACAUCUGGUGUUGGAAGCCCUUAUGGAGCAACCUCUAACUUUGGAAGAAAAGAUCAUCCAUUUGAUCUCCAUAAACCAGCAAAUACUCAAGCAUCACAAAGGCCAUAUGAUGGGACAGAUCGAGCACCUUCUAGCACUGACAGUAAUUAUGGCCUAGGAGGUUAUAACAAACCCAGACCUGGUUCUUAUAGUACGCCCACAACUAUAAUAAAUACUAUCGGAACUACUAAAGGACCAUAUGAAGGAAUCGAUUCACCUAAAACUGUUCCUGGAUCCCAAACUGAUCCAUUUGCUCCUAGAAAAUCACCAGGAUCACCAAGCGGUGCUUAUCAUCCGGGUGUCACGAAACCGAGUUAUGGAAGUACUACUUCCUGGUUAGGUCAGACUGGAAGUGGAAGUAGCACUUGGCAUGGCAUAGGAACUACACCUCAUGUUGGAUUUCCAACGUUAAAUACUGAAUUUGGAACGACUAAAACUCCGUUUAGUCAUGUUAGCACCCCAAGUUCUAUAUUAUCUGCUCCAUACGACAGAACAGGACCAAAACAACCUAAUUUUAAUAUUGGAAGUAGUAGCGCAAUUGCAAGUGCUGGUGCAAGUGCGUUUGGAACGUCUCCUGGUAUAUACAGCACUCCCAGCAUAACUACGACUACCUCAUUAUAUGGUACAACACCGGCGUACAGAGGAAGUUCAAGUUAUACUCCCGGGGUUAAAGGUUCUAUCGGAAGUACUAAACCUGCUUAUGGACUUGUUCCUCAUGGUACAUAUCCUAAUAUUGAAAGUGGUACCUGGCCUGGAGGACAGCCCAGUAGUGGCACUAGACCUUGGUCUAGUGGAAAACCUGGAGAUGGAAGUGGAAUUACGCCUGGUAGAUAUUCUCCAGGUAUUUUGCCUGCUAAGCAACCUCAAGGAAGUGGAACAUGGCCUUCCAGACAACCAGCAAGUGGAAGUGGAGCUUGGCCUAGCAAGCAACCUGGAGAUGGAAGUGGGGCAUGGCCAGGCCAGGUACAAUCUGGAUCUGGAAGUGAACCUGGAUGCGGGCCAGGUGGAAAUUGUGGAGGUGCCACUGAUUUGCAAGGAGGUAGUAAUUGUGGAGGAUGUUGUGGGAAUUAUAAUUGCAAUAGCGGUUGUAGUGGAAGAGAUAAUGUACCAGCACAGGGAUUGUGUGGAGGAGUAAUAGGUCCUAGUGGUGUUAAUAAAACAUAUUAUCCCGCUGGAAUUGGCGAUGGAAAUGUUCCAAAUAUUGGAGCAGCAUAUUCACCUCAAAAUACCGGAACUGGUAUUAGGCCAGUUUAUCCUGGAACGCAAGGUGCAAGUACAACACCGGAAAAUCCUGUGUCAUGGAAUUCAGCAAAUCCAUUCUUAUAUGGAACUAGAAGCAGUACUCCAAGCAGUAUUUCAGAUCCUUGGAUUGCAAAUGCAAAUAAUAAACCAAUUGGUCCAGGAAAUCCUUUUCUCGAUUCAAGUUGGAAUCGUCCUAAGCCUGAAUAUAGCAACUCAUAUAAUGAUAGAAAUGUGAUUCCUCAUGAAGAAACAAAGCCUGUUGGUCAAAAAAAUCUUUUCCUGAAUAAUGACAAUAGAAGAGGAGAUAACAGUGCUAAUCCUAACGAAGGUGUAAUUCCGCUUGAAGAAAAGAUACCAAAAGGAAAUAAUCCUUUCCUUACACCUUUGAUAGGUGGAAGUGGCGGUUCAGGUGGUCCGUCAUACGGUAAAUAUCCAGAUAGAUCAGGAACACCAGGAAGUUUCCCUGGUUCAGGAACACCAGGAAAUUAUCCUGGAUCGGGAACACCAGGAAAUUAUCCUGGAUCGGGAACACCAGGAAAUUAUCCUGGCUCAGGAACACAAGGAAAUUAUCCUGGUUCAGGGACACCAGGAAAUUAUCCUGGAUCGGGAACACCAGGAAAUUAUCCUAGCUCAGGAACACAAGGAAAUUAUCCUGGUUCAGGGACACCAGGAAAUUAUCCUGGAUCGGGAACACCAGGAAAUUAUCCUGGCUCAGGGACACCAGGAAAUUAUCCUGGAUCAGGAGUAUCAGGAAGUUUCCCUAGCUCGGGAACACCAGAAAAUUAUCCUGGAUCGGGAACACCAGAAAAUUAUCCCGGAUCAAGAACACCAGGAAAUUAUCCUGGAUCGGGAACACCAGGAAGUUAUCCUGGAUCAGGAAGUAAUCCUCAAGGUCCUAAUCCAGUACAAUGUAAGCUGGGUUUGUUUGGUUGUGGGACACCCGGUAGUGGAAGCUACGCAGGUGGCAAACACCCAGGAGGAGCAUUUGGCGGAAAUGUUGGAACUGGUACUGGAAAUCCAGGAGGCAUUGGCAAUGUUCCUGGUGGGAAUUCUGGAAUUGGGGGAUUCACUGUCGGCGCAGAUCAUCCAGGAGGGAAUAAUUUAGCGGCAUCCGUUAGCGGUGCUCAAGCGAGAGCUUACGCUGGAUCUUUCAGUUCUGCUCAAGCUUCCAGCUCCAGUUUUGCCGACUCUUUUCCCGGCGCACCAGGAUCCGCCAAUAAUUUUGGUGGAAAUUUGUCUCCUGGAGCGCAAAAUCAAGGACUUAAUUCCUGGGCUUCCAGUGGUGCCUCUGCUUUUGCCAGUAGUAAUGCCGGAAGCUGGUCAGGAAAUCAUCCUAUCGACGUGAAGGGUUAACCAGUUUAAUCGAAAGAUGAAUAUUAAAGUAUAAUAAAUACAGACGACAUAAUUUUGAAAUAUAUUAUAAUAUAUUUUGAUGUCUCGACACUUAAUCAUAAAAUGCUUAAUGUCUGUCAUGUAAAGCUUGAUGUAU